CUCGACACUAUCAUGACCCAAGCAUUCGACGUCCCAUGUUGAUCCCUUCACUGCAAUAAUACCCCCCAUUCUCGACAGAUCCCUGGAUCUCGGACGUUUGACUGAUUCCGCUCCCGUCUCCUCACACCUCUGCCGCCCGACGUCCUAUACAAAUGGAUCAGGUACAUACCCGGGCUAUAGAGGCCCUGCAGCCUUUCAUCCAUCUCGCCAACUCCAACAGUGCUUCGUCCCCACGGUUCGUUGCCAACAUCAUCACAAAUGCCACCUCCAGUCCAAACACCUACGUCUUCGCCGAGCUGUUAGAGACCCCCGCCGUGCAGGGCCUUCGGUCCCAGGAUGUCCCCGCGGAGUUUCAUGGGUACCUGACUCUUCUCGAGAUUUUUGCCUGGGGUACAUGGCAAGAGUAUCAAUCAACGCCAAAUCUCCCCGCAUUAACCGACGAACAAGCUCUGAAGCUGCGCCUGCUUUCCCUCCUGUCUCUCUCCGCAUCUGUCAAGCCUCUCACUUACGACACGCUCAUGAAAUCGCUAUCCAUCCCGGCCGCCGCCGAUCUCGAGUCUCUCGUCACCACCGCCAUCUACGCCUCGCUCAUCACCGCCCGUCUCUCCCCCGCCACCAACCCGCCGUCCAUCAAUGUCACCGCCGUGGCUCCCCUGCGGGAUGUGAAGCCGCAGUCCCUCCCAUCGAUGAUCUCUUUCCUGACAGACUGGGAGACGCGCUGCGGCGACGUGAUCACCGAUAUCGAGACGGAGAUCACCAAGAUCAGAACCAACUCCGCGAAGCGUCGCGCCAAGGAGCGCGACGAUAACGAGCUCUUUGAAAAGACCUUAGCCAACUGGCCCACCAUCAGCGCUGACUUGGCCGGUUUCGAAUCCAAUCGGAUGCCCGGUUCUAAGAAGUCCGGCUGGCAUGGUGGUCAUCUGAGAGGUGGCCCCGGGGGCUACAUAGGUAGUAAGAGAGAGUACAGCGCGGACGACUUCGACGAAGAUGACGGCUACUGGGAUAAUGGGCUGGAGGGUUCCCUUGACAUGCAUCUCGGUUCAAGGAUGGAUGUUGAUGAGGGCUUAGGAUCCUCCCGGGCUGGACCCGGAGGUGCUGGGGCUCGCCAUGCCAAGCGAGUGUUAGGGAAGAAGUCAUAAAAAGAUAUCUUUUUUUGUGGUUGCAACUUGGGGAUCUUGUAGUUGCCCGGAUCUCUGGUUACUAUACUAGCAUUACGAAGCAUGGCUAAUGUAUCCACUUUUUAUUCAUCU